AUGGCGGCGGCAGCAGACUCGUUAAACGUCUUUCAAAGCGUACACUUUGACGAAACGAUUGUUAAAUCCGAUAUUCACACCUAUCUCCCAUACGGAGGAUCUUCGGAUUACGGACUUUCCAGUGAAAUACGAAUAUUAAUUCAAAAUCAAGAGCUGAUAAGCGCCACCUACGACAGUUUUUUGUACUUGGAAGGAAAAAUUGAAUGGCGUCAACCGGAAGGAGAGGGCGCCAUCGCAAAAACAUGCAACCUAACAAACAAUUUCGCGCCAUUCCUUUUCGAAGAAAUCCGCUAUGAGUUGGGAGGUCAGAAAGUGGAUGUAUGCAGGAAUCCUGGUAUUACAUCCUCACUGAAGGGAUACGUAUCGUAUACGUCUACUGAAAGCAAAGGUCUCAAACACUUGGGGUGGUCACCCACCGAUGAAUCCCUUCAAGUAGAUUUCAAUAAGAGCAACAAGGAGAAGCAUUUCGCUGUUUGCAUUCCGCUGAAACACAUAUUCGGAUGCAUGGAGGACUAUCGACAGGUUAUCGUAAACAUGCGACAAGAAUUGGUAUUAAUUCGUGCUAGAAGCGAUGCCAAUUGCUACAUCGGUACCGCCGACGAUGCAUCAAUAACAUUAACAAAAAUUCAAUGGAAAGUCCCUCACGUGACCGUUAGUGAUAGCGCCAAAAUUAGCCUAUACGAACGCAUCAAUAAGGAUGCUAUAAUCACAAUGCCAUUUCGUCAAUGGGAACUGUACGAAUUGCCCGCUUUAAAACAGGCACAGUUGGAUAUAUGGCCAAUCAAAACUUCAACUCAACUAGAGAAACCACGAUGGAUAAUUGUGGCAUUUCAACGAAGCGGUAAAAAGUUUUCACACGAAGCAAGAGCCGCCAAUUUCGAUAACAUCAAUAUUCGAAAUUUAAAACUGCAUCUCAACUCGGAAAGUUAUCCUGCUAUUUGA